GUGUGACAUUAGUUUCCGCCCAUUUUCGAUAAUAGUGGUUUGUUGAAAAUUGUAGCUAACAAACUCACUUCACCAGAUACUAGCUAGCUGUUUCUUCAAGUUAACAUACAGCGGUUCUAGCUGCCACAACCGACAGAUCCAUGUCUUUUCUGCGUUGGGUCUCAGAGAAAUUGAGUGUGGAGAGCCUGAGGGAUUUUGAGUUUUUUGGAGAGCGAGCUCAGGGAAGCUCUCACAGGAAAGCCCAUGAAGACAGCCACGAGAGCCUGACCUCAGUCCCACGGCGGGACACAAUGGGAAGCUUCCUCCCCGACAGCAGCGCCUAUGAGCUCCUGACCAUCAUCGGUCGAGGCCUGGAGGACUUGAUGACCGUCAACCUUGCCAGAUACAGACCCACAGGGGAACACGUAGCAAUCCGUCGGAUUGACCUGGAGUCCUGCACCAAUGAAAUGGUCAACUACCUGCAGGCUGAGCUCCAUGUAUCUAAGCUGUUCCACCACUCCAGCAUCCUGCCCUACAGGAGCAUCUUCAUAGCAGAGAACGAGCUGUGGGUCAUCUCUCCCUUCAUGGCCUAUGGGUCGGCCAGAGACCUGAUCAGCAGCCACUUCACUGAUGGGAUGAAUGAGCUGGCCAUCGCCUACAUCCUACUGGGCAUGCUCAAAGCCCUGAACUACAUCCACCACAUGGGCUAUGUACACCGGAGCGUGAAGGCCAGCCACGUGUUGAUCUCGGUAGACGGUCAGGUGUGUAUGUCUGGUCUGAGGAGCAUCAUCAGUCUGAUCCGUCACGGCCAGCGGGCCAGAGUGGUCCAUGACUUCCCCCAGUACAGCAUCAAGGUGCUGCCCUGGCUCAGCCCAGAGGUGCUGCAGCAGAAUCUGCAGGGAUACGACUUCCGGUCAGACAUCUACAGUCUUGGCAUCACAGCCUGUGAGCUAGCCAAUGGACAUGUGCCCUUCAAAGACAUGCCAGCCACACAGAUGUUGCUGGAGAAGCUGAACGGGACAGUCCCCUGUCUGUUGGAUACCACCACCAUCCCCCCAGAGGAGCUGACCAUGAAGCCCUCCCGCUCUGGAGCUGACUCUGGGAUCUGUGAGGGCCCCAGCACCGGAGGGGCCCACCACUCUACCGGAGAGCCCUCCUCCUCGGGGAGCCACCCCUACAGUCGUACCUUCUCUCCCCACUUCCAUGCCUUUGUGGAGCUGUGUCUCCAGAGGGACCCAGAGAAGAGACCCUCAGCUAGUGCUCUCAUUGGUCAUUCCUUCUUCAAACAGAUCAAGCGUCGGCCAUCGGAGGCUCUGCCUGAGCUGUUCCGGCCCAUAACGGGCUUUGAGAGUACCCAGCCUCAGGACGCUGCCUCUGUACUGGCCAGCCUGGAGUCUGGCCUCAGCCACAUGGAUGUGGAUGACUGGGACUUCUGACAGAGAAACAGGAAAGUGGUGUGUGUAGUAACCAAGAGACGCUCUGAGAAGACUUCAGACUGGAUUUACGCUUUGUUCUUAUUAAAUGGCCCAUGUAAAUAAUUCAAAGCAGUUUCUCCUCCCUUUGACUGGGUUUAAAAGCCAGCUGCCAUCUCUCUAGUCUAAAAGAUGCAUGAGCAGACAGACCUUUGCACUGACUGACACCCAAUUCCUCUCACGCACACAUCUCUCCAGAUUCUACUACAGCUCUGGACCCGUCGAAGAACCGUAUGGGCGAGUAUGUCCAGUCAGCUCUUUCACUUGCCAAUGGAGAUGCUCCAUUAAAAGGUAUAGCAGAGAGACUACCUAUUUUUUUUUAAAUCUGAGCUGUACUUGACCCAUCUGUUGACAUUAAAGACCAGGAACUGACCACAUUACCAAGGGUCGAUCCAAUCAGCCAUCACAGAUGGAAGAUUCCAGAAGUUUGUCCAAGGCUAUCACGAACCAGACAGUGUUUGCAUUUCCUCACGGCUGAGAAGAGGCUCUCAUACUGAACUGUCAGUUUUACUCAGAGGGAAGAAAAAAUCUGUUUCUACCUGAAACCUUCAACUGAAGAUAGCAAAGCAAGUUAACACUAGACUGUGCCAACUGAGGUCCCUGUAUUUGAUUAACCUUCCUGUUAUUGACCAUUUAUGUCCUGCAAAAAAAGUGAAUGUUACAAUGGUGCUUGUUUCAGAUAGUUUGUCUGGGUUUCAUGAAGGGAAAGUGUAGGGAGUGUCAACUAUUUUACUUGAUAAUAAAUACCUUUCA